AUGCUCAGCAUGACCCGCAACGAGGCCAUCCCCUACGAUGCAAUGAAAGACGGUAUGCCCUGGAACUGGGUUACCUUCCCCGACUUUAUCGAUAGUCUCGCCAACACUCCCAAGGGUAUUAACUGCCUGACCUAUGUUCCUCUCACCCCGCUGUAUGCCUGGGUGAUGGGCUGGGAUGAAGCGAAGCAACGGCGCCCUACCGAAGCAGAAUUGCAGGAAAUGGUUCGACUCAUUAACGAAGCGAUGGAUGCCGGCGCGUGCGGAUGGUCGGCCCAGGUCCUCGGCGUGAACUCGGUGCAACGCGACUACGACGGCACGCCGAUGAUUACCGAUAUGCUGUCGGAGCACGAGGUGCUCACCUUCGCCAAGGUUCUCAGCGACCGCGACGAGGGCUUUAUUGAGUUAGCCUAUCAGGAGACCGGCGAAGAAGGCCGUCCACUGGGUGAGGAAACUCGCCUGUUCUUCGAAAAGGUGGCGGAGACUGCCAAUCGGCCCGUGCUCUAUCAGGCCGUCGCCCCCAACGCAGUCCAUCCCGAACAGCAUCGGGAGCGCAUCCGGUGGCUGGAAAGCUGCGCCGAGCGCGGCCUGCGAGUCUACGGCCAGGGUGCGACCCGUCGCGGCGGCUUUGAGCUGACCUUUUGA